AUGGCGUCCUCUUCGUCAUGUUUCGGCGAUAUCACUAUUACUACUUCUGCCGAUGCCGAACCGAUAGCAAACUGCGAGACCUAUUCAGGAGAUAUACUCAUUAGCAGCGACGCUUCCGGUAGCAUUGAAAUCAACGGCGUCAGAGCCAUCGACGGGAAUCUCUCAGCAGAGAGUGUACCUUCGCUCACAUCUGUCAGUGCAGACGCGCUCGUUAUAGUACGGCAGACUCUAAGCUUCUCGUCCUGCACGAUCCUGGCAAACUUGCAGUUUGAUCAGCUCAAUAGCGUCAGCGACCUUGAUCUCGUUGCACUCCCUGCUUUGCAAAGCCUGAAUUUCGGUACUGGAGUGUCUCAGUCAUACAAUGUUCAAAUCAGGGACACUGCUCUUGAAAGCUUGAGCGGCAUCGAGCUAGAUUUCGUUAGAAGUCUCAACGUGACCAACAACCGCUACCUAACAUCUAUCGAUAUGAACGCACUUCAAAACGUCACAGAGUUCUUGGAGAUAGCUGCAAAUGGUAGGGAUCUAGCAGUCUCGUUUCCGAACCUAGCCAGAGUUGCCAAUCUGACCGCUAGCAAUAUCUCCAGUCUCAGUAUCCCCUCCCUCAUCGACGUAUCCGGAAACCUGGGUAUCUACUUCUCUUCUAUGGAGUCUAUCUCCGCACCGAAUCUUACCAAUGUCGAUGUCGACCUUGCCUUGGUGUCAAACGGCCGGCUCGCAAGUCUGGACUUUCCUGAGCUUCAGGAGAUUGGAGGUGGCUUUCUGAUCGCCAACAACACGGAUUUGCUGAGUGUUGAUGGUUUUGAUAGUCUUGACACGAUCUAUGGCGCACUCGACUUCCGAGGCACGUUCGACAACGUCACCCUUCCCCAACUAAGUGGUGUUUAUGAAGGCGCGAAAGUAGAAUCAUCAACCACCGACCAAUCGCUGUGUGAUGUGUUUGACAGAGCCGCUAGCAGAGGCAUCAUAAGAGGCGGGAUGACCUGCCGAAGCAACGCAGAUACAGAAUCCACUGAAGGUGGUGGCACCAGUGGUACAACCAGUGGUACUUCUGGUGGUAGCGGGCCGGGAGCAGGAGCCAUAGCUGGAAUUGUCAUCGGUUUGCUCCUUGUCAUCGCUGCUGCCAUCUUAUUCUGGUGGUUCUAUCAGAGGAAGAGGAAGCCACGGGGCCAUACGAAACCAGAAAUUCCCGGGCCAAGACCAGGGCAUCACCAACUACCUCUGGGCGGCCACCACGAGAAGCCAGAGCUCUACGGUGGGGUCAAUCAGGUCAGUGAGCUGUCCGGAAGAGAUGCUGAGGGAGCAGGUGCUCGGGGCCGGCGUGAGGUCAGGCCAGGGGUUGCUGAGAUUGAUUCCAGCCCGUUGGAGAUCAGAGAAGCCGAGCUCUCAUCAACAUCUGCCACCACCACUGAGAAUCAAUCAACAACCAAUGCGGCAUCCGCGAAGCAUUCCAACCCCACGACAGAGGCCGACUUCUCAGGGCAUGGGCCUCAGGAGCAUGUGCCAGCGUCAGCGAAUGUCGCGGCUCAUAGUGGCCGCAAGGAUCUCGAUCAACCAGGAAUGGAGGUUGUUGUCGAGCCGGAACACUCACACUCAAGGCAAACAGGCAUCGGUCACACCAUAACGGCCACAAUGCGGCCACAAACCGAGACUCGGCCGCCUGGAGUGCAUCCAGAAUUCGUCUGUGAGCUGCGCGACUUGGACAGAGAGCUAGACGAGGGCCUCAUCACGCGGAAAGGUUACGAUGUAAGACGAGACAGGUUGUUUAUGCGAUAUUUUCCUUCUUCGGAUGGCGCACCGCACGAGCUUGAAGCGGGUCAGAGUUGA